AUGCCUCAAACUGCCAUAAUUCCACCCCGCCCGACUACGCUGGGUCCGUGCACCUGUAUUUGGAAGCAGGUAGAGGAACUGAGGCAGGCAGAACUUGCCUCCCAAGCACAGGAAGAGGCUGAAAAGGAAGAACAAAACUCGUCCCACAUUCUUAAUAUGCUUCCGAGCGUACUGACGGGUGGUCAAAACAAUCAAAGCAACAAAGAUACUAAAGAUACUAAACAGGAGACUACCGCCCCAGACCCAGCGACCGAUCCUGCUGUGGGUCUUCGCAAUUCUGCUACUUCAGGAACCUUAGCCGAACACCUGCCCCGUCGCACAGGCGGAUGGGAUGAAAACAAGCAGGAAAUAUCGGAAGAAGACGCGAAAAGAGCUCAAACCAAAACGGAGCUGUUGAAAAAGAAGGGAUUGAAAUUGGCUGGUCGGCCUCAUCCUGAUGUACUUGCAAGACAAAUAAAGAAAAGGUGUGCAAAGAGUUCAGAAAACAAGAUUGGAGCUUUGACGAGUUACAGGGGUGAUCUGAUGGAUAUUUUGGAGAACCUUAUUCCCUUGCGACAUCCCGAAGAUCCCCACAGCACCCAUUUGCCUGUCAUUAUUCCGAUUCCAAACACCCAGCUCUGCCCCUCCUGCCGAACCUAUCUCACAUAUGCCGCCUAUUAUGCCCCUGUUGCCAAAACCCCGUAUCUCUACGAACAUGCAACAACUGGGUUCAUGAGCCUCAUCGACGACGCGACGGCUUCCCUCGAAACCAACCUCCCUAUCGAACCUAUAACUCAUCAUCAGCUCUACGGUAUUCUCCGUGCAGAACUGAGCGUCGUAGAGUGGCGGAUUGCGCUCAAAUUGGCAAGGUACCAGAAACGAACUGGGUUCUUGGAAAUGUUUCCUGUGCGUAUAGGGGAGUUUGCAGAGAUGGAGAUUGCAAAAAAACCUGUCACCGAAAAACCAGGGAUUUUGAAAGGAACGGCUAACAAGGUUCUGAGGGUCGUUGGAUUAAAGAAAGAUUUCCCAGGUCCCCCCGCAGGGGCUGUUGCGGACAUUGCAUGAUUAUUCCUAGUUGGUUAUGCGAGAGUGAUGAAUUACGACCAUGACUAUAAGAUCUGCAUUGACGAAGAGUGUAUUCGAUUGCUGUUGUUUUUUGUUGAUAUUGCUGCAUUUAGCACUAUCUAGCAUAGGUUCUUUUGUACAUUAUUUUUUUUGCUAUGAAAAGAUCCAUCUGACAG